AAAAGGUCCCCCAAAACUGCGUCGACUCAGUAAAGAGUCCACUGCUAUUCUUGUCAUCUCUAAUGUCACCAAAGCUGAUGAACGGCUAUAUGAAUGUAGUCUGCUGUUAUUAGCGGGAUCACCAAUAAGAAGUAAAGUAAGACUAGUUGUUACAGAACGUCCCCGCUUUACUACUCCUGUCAAUAUAUCGACGCCUAUCAAUGAAGGAUCAAGUCUGUGCAUGCGAUGUUCAGCAGCUGCAGAUCCUAUGCCCUACAUAACGUGGGUACGAAUUAUAAAGAACCCAAAAAUUAUCAGUGAAGGAGUUGGUGAAGCAUUUCUCAGAUUCAUCAACAUCACGAGACACCAACGUGGGACGUAUGAGUGUCAGGCUACGAAUAAUCCAAACGAGGAUCCAGUUACAACAAGAACCGAAAUCUCAGUAAAAUACCCUGUAGAACCAGCGAAUGUCUUCGUUUCAGACAUCAAAGCAACUUCUGCAGUGAUCAAGUUGCACAGUCCCGUUGAUGCUGGAGGGAGCCCUGUCAUAGAGUAUAAAGUCCAAAUCAACACAAUUCCACCGAGAGAGGUUAUCACCGAAACUACGUAUUGCGUAACCAAGGAUCUUAAUGAGAAUACAACAUAUGAUGUGAAGGUGUAUGCACGAAAUGCAGUUGGGUAUGGGAAGGCAGUAUGCACUGAGUUUACAACUAAAAAACCAAAGAUGAAAGCUGUAAAAAAAAUGGUCUUGAAUAAAGAUGAUACGGAUGAUAUAGUUAGAGUUCAAGUAGCCAGUAUAUAUGCCGGGGUCAUUGGUGUGAUUAUUUGGAUUGUACUCAUAUCUAUGGCUAUACUGGUAGUGUUUGUAAAGAAAAUAUGGGUAAAAAAAGGAAAGGAGCAACGAAAACGCCCAGGAGAGAUAGUAUAUGCCGAACUUGAUGAGCUCAAAGUAAAGGAAGAUGCUUCAAAUUUGGUGCAAAAUAAUCUUCCACCGAUACAUCACAAGACUCAGUAUGCAGAUAUCAACCACUGUGCAAUAUCUGCUGCUACUGCAACUGCUGUAGCUGUAUGA